AUGUCCCUGCCUCUGAUUGCGGGCUGUGCCCUCCCCUCCCCUUCAGCACCACAACUAUGCUCCCCCUAUCCUGCCUCAGACCGAGCCUACGGCCGGCACCAGGGCCGUGGCGGUUCCGGCUUGCCCCAGCACGAAGAAAUCCCCCCCGUCUCCAGCAUCCACCAUGCCCGGGUGGUGUCGGUGCGCCCCUUUGGCGCAUUUGUGGAGCUGGACGGCUUCCGACGGCAGGGUCUGGUGCACCAUACCCAGGUGGCGGAGGAUGUGCGCUUCACACGCGAGGACGACGAUGCAGCGCGCGUGCACGCCAUGGAGUUCUUCCUCCCGCCGGGCGAGCGGGUCUGGGUCAAGGUCCUGGCGCACGCGCCCGGACCCGCCCCCGGCCAGACCCGGCUGUCCUGCAGCACGCGGGCGGUGUCCCAGGAGGACGGCACGGACCUGGACCCCGAGGGACGCCUGCUCUCCGUCCCGGGCGGCGGCGGCACCGGCGGUGGCGGGCAGGGGGGCGCGCCGCAAAGCGACCUGCCCCCCGAGCUGGACAGCGUCCACCGCGGCACGGUGCAGUCCAUCCGCCCCUUUGGCGUGUUUGUGCAGCUGGAGGGGUUCCGCAAGUACGCCCUCGUCCACUCCUCCCAGAUCAGCGACCACCUGUUCUUCGGAAAGGAGGACACCGAUGAGGACAAGGUCAGGGAGAUGGGCGAGGUGCUGGCCGUGGGCGAGGCCGUGUGGGUCAAGAUCGUGGAGGUGGGCGAGGACGAGCGUGGACCCCGCGUCUCCGCCAGCAUCAAGCUCGUCUCCCAGCGGGACGGCACCGACCUGGACCCCAACGGCCUCAAGUACAAGCCUAGGGGCGCCGGGGGCGGGCCCAUGCAGGGCAAGGCCCCCAUUGGGGCGGCCGCGGCGACGACGCACGACGCUGUGGUGGACUGGGGCCACCUGGGGGCAGACGUGGUGCAGUACGGCGGGCAGGACAAGCGCUACGACAUGGUCCGCGAGGAGGAGAGGCCUUUGCCGCGCGGCGAGGGAGUGCGCAGUUGA